AUGAUAGUAACAGAAAAGCAGCAGCGGGAUCAAGAUGACACCGACGAUUUUGCCCAAGAAAAAGUCGACGAGGACCAGCAGUUUAUCAGUAGCCCAGGUAAUAAAACUCCGGUUGGUGUGACCGGGGCAGAAGCCAUACCGACCCAACCGAAACCAGACGAUGUUCCAGACGGUGGUACUUUGGCUUGGUUACAAGUUGCUGGAUCCUGGCUGUUGUUCUUUAAUUCCUGGGGCAUCAUCAACACGUUCGGUGUAUACCAAACAUACUAUGAAACAAUCGGUUAUCCUAAUCUGUCACCGGACACGAUCGCAUGGAUCGGUUCGACCCAAUCCUUUUUGAUUCUGUUGGUGGGAGUCAUCGCGGGCCCAUUGUACGACAUGGGCCUCUUUCGAGCGCUGGUCGUCACGGGCGCCACAUGUAUCGUGCUGGGUUGGAUGUUUACCAGUCUCUGCACGGCAUAUUGGCAGAUCAUGUUGUCGCAGGCGGUGCUGAUCGGCGUCGGCACUGGUUUCCUGUAUAUCCCAUCGCUGGCACUCUUACCGCGAUACUUUUCGAGAAAAAGGGCUCUCGCGACGGGAAUCGUGACAUCCGGUAGCAGUCUCGGUGGGACUCUGUACCCGAUCAUUUUCCAACAGCUUCAACCCAAGAUCGGGUUCGGCUGGGCGACGCGGGUCAUCGGGUUCAUCAGCCUCGGGACGUGUCUGUUCGCCAUCACCGUCUUGCGUCCCCGAGGAGGGUCAACCACGAGACGGUCCCUGCUCGACCUCCACGCCUUCACCGAGAUUCCGUACGUGUUUUACUGUGGCGCGAUCAUGGCGAGUUAUUUCGGGUACUUUGAACCCGUCUUUUACAUACAGUCUUACGCUUUGAGCCACGGGGUUCAACACGGCACGCUGGCUCUGUAUCUCGCCGCCAUCCUCAACGCGGCUUCGAUUCCCGGUCGAAUCACGCCGUCUUACUUUGCCGGGAGAAUCGGACCCGUAAAGACCAUGUUGAUAUUCACGACGAGCUGCGCCCUGGUGACCUUUUGUUGGAUCGCCGUCCACGGUGCCGCGGGGAAUGUGGUGUUUGCGGUGGCUUGGGGUUUCACGUCGGGUGGGAUCAUAUCGAUGCCCGCCGUCAUCCUGGCGUCCAUCACCACAGAUAUGAGCAGGUUCGGCACACGGAUGGGCAUGUCGUCCGUACUGAACUCCAUCGCGUCCUUGUGUGGGAGUCCAAUCGCCGGGGCCAUCCUGAAGCACACGGGUAGUUACUUGGGAGUCCAACUCUUCUCCGCCCUCGCACUCGCAACGACCGUGGGAUUCUUGCUGUGCUUGAGGCUUUGCCGGAGUGGAUGGAAAUUUGCUUUCAAAACGUAA